AUGACCGAACAAAAGACCAUCGCCCUCAUUGGCUCCACAGGCUUCCUAGGCCCCUACAUCACCGCCUCUCUCCUCCAAAAGCACCCCCGCACCACCAUCCUCUGCCUAAACCGCAGUAAAGACGCAGAACAACGCACCACCUCGUCGCUCACCCACAUCAGCAACGAGGACCUCACCCGCCUCACCUUCACAACAACCGACAUCACACUCCCUCACCUCGGUCUGGACUCCAUCCAAUACACACACUUCACAACCAGCGUUUCGGAAAUCGUUUUUAACGCGUGGAACGCAAAUUGGGCGACGCCUCUCAUCGGUUACUUACCCCUCCUCAACGCUGUUCAACAUGUCAUCGGUGCAUGUAUUGCCAGCCCCCUCAACCCACGCGUAACCUUCGUUUCGUCGAAUACCUCGAUAAUGAAUCACCCAACCCAGCACGCUUCCACCCCGCUCAUCCCCGAAGUCCCCGCCUGGGACUUCGCCAGCGCAGCGAACACGGGUUAUGGUCAGAGUAAAUGUCUCGCGGAGCAACUCCUCGCGCGCGCAGGGAAGGAGCACGGGUUACGCGUGGCUAUUGUACGCGCAGGUCAGAUUGGAGGCGUGUCAUCUGCGAUAACGAAUGCGCCGCAGUGGCCGAUUCAGGGUUGGCUAUACGUUAUAUUCAAGACGGCACAGAAAUUGGAGUACUGGCCCGUGAAGAUGAACGCCGUAGAUUGGAUUCCGGUGGAUACGCUGGCGGAGGGUAUCGCCAAUGUCACGUUAUCCCAACAAAUCACAUCUGCAGACAAUGUUAAAGUAUACAACAUGAUGCACCCCCGUCCGGCGCCUUGGGCGCUGCUGCAAAUGGUAUUGGUUGAGCGGUUCGGACUGGAGGUAAGGGAGUGUAGUUUGCCGCAGUGGUUGGGUAUGUUGGACCCGCAGAAGUUCAAGAUGCAUGCGUUUUUGAUGGAGGGGAGGGAAGGGAGGGAGGGGGAAGCAAUGGUUUUUCGAAAUGAGAAUGCGAGGGAGAUGUUGCCGGAGGUUGAUGAUGUUACGGAGGAGUUGGUAGAGAGGUGGUUGAGGGGGUGGGGUUUGAGGCUGGGGGAGGCGAGGGCGAGGCUCUGA